CAGGAAGCCGUCGCAAUGAUGCGUCAAUUGAUAUAACAUAAGUACCAACGACGUAGGCGCGCAACGUGCGCAGACAUUGAUAAGUUUUCAAAGUGAAAUUGUCAAACUCCACCAUGUCGUCCCCAACCCCCUUACCCUUAAAAUCCACCCUUGCAUCACUUCCCCCUCUGUCGAAAUCCUCAGACGACUUGCGGGCCCAGACAAGGCGGGAGAUCCAGUCGAAUCCCAGCAUCCCAAUCCUCGUGGCUCUUGACGACGACCCGACAGGCACGCAGACAUGUCAUGACAUCCCAGUGCUCACCACCUGGUCCACAUCCGUUUUGACCGAGGAGUUCCGGAACACUAAGCCCGGAAGCGGGUUCUUCAUCCUCACAAAUUCCCGGGCCUUGCAUCCUCCAGAAGCCAAAGCGCUCACGGUUGAAAUAUGUCAAAACCUCAAGGCUGCGGCUGCGGCUGCCGGAAAGACGUUCGAAGUGGUGCUUAGAGGGGAUUCUACGCUGCGGGGCCAUUUCCCGGUAGAACCUCAGGCUGUGGAGGAAGCGCUAGGACAGAGCGAUGCUUGGAUUCUUGCGCCGUUCUUCUUGCAGGGUGGGAGGUAUACGAUUGACAACGUGCACUAUGUCUCGGAAGGUGACACCCUCGUCCCAGCGGGCGAGACGCCGUUCGCAAAAGACGCCACGUUUGGUUACAAGAGCAGUGACCUACGAGACUGGGUGGUGGAGAAGUCGAAGGGCGCGAUCGCUCGCGAGAGGGUGCAGGGCUUGAGUCUGCAAGAUAUUCGCACGGGUGGUCCUGAUAAAAUUGCCGAGAUCUUGACUACGGUUCCCAAAGGCACAGUUCUGAUCGCUAAUUCUGCUGCUGAAGAAGAUAUGGACGUCAUUAUUCUCGGAAUUCUCAAGGCAUCCGUGCAGGGGAGGAAGUUCCUCUUCCGAUCGGGCGCUGCCUUCGUUUCUGCGCGCCUUGGAAUAUCGCCCAUUCCUCCUAUCUCAGCGAAGCAAUUGAGCCUAGAUCCUAGCCGCGGUGGGCUUAUAAUUGCUGGUUCAUAUGUCCCCAAAACCACGGCGCAACUCAAGGCACUGCGGGAAAAGUCAGGAGAUCGAUUGACGACAGUAGAACUUGACGUCAACAAGCUCCUCGAAUCACCAGAGAGCAGUGAAAAGGAAUUGCAAAAUGCAUUGUCCAUUGCGGAAUCCGAACUUCUCAAACCCCAGGAUGUGCUGAUAAUGACAUCUCGCAAAUUGAUUGUUGGAGCGGAUGAAGCGAAAUCAUUGGACAUUGGUUCCAUCGUUGCCGCGGCGCUCGUCUCGUUCCUUACAAGGUUACAGACCAAGCCCCGUUAUGUCAUCGCAAAGGGUGGCAUCACCUCUUCAGACAUGGCCACGAAAGGCUUGAGAAUGAAGAAAGCCACGAUUGUGGGUCAAGCCGCUGCUGGAGUGCCACUUUGGAGGUGUGACGAGCCGACCAGCAAACACCCAGGUCUGCCAUAUGUGGUGUUCCCAGGCAAUGUAGGCGGCGAUGAGACAUUGUUUGAAGUGGUAGACAGAUGGAGGGUAUAGAUUUGAGAUCAUUAGCAUGCAGUAUAAUACAUCAUCCAUGACAAAUGAAGCCAGGAUCAAUU